AUGGGACAAUACAUAACAACACAUGAGUUUUAUCAUGUUUAUACUGAUGAACCUCAUGCGACACGUCGAAAGGAAAUGCUCAAAAAAUAUCCCGAAAUCAAACUAUUGAUGGGUCAUGAUUGGCGUAUGUCAAUCCAAGUGACCAUUUCAGUUUGUAUACAGAUUUUCGUUGCAAUACUUCUGCGAAAUUCUUCUUGGUGGACAUUAUUCUUAUGUGCAUAUGUUAUCGGUGGAACAAUUAACCAUACAUUAUCGUUAGCAUUACAUGAAUUAACACACAAUUUAGCUUUUGGCCAUUCACGUCCCAUGUGCAAUCGUUUAUUAGGUUUUUUUGCCAAUUUACCGCUAGGUGUACCAGCAUCGAUCACAUUGAAGAAGUAUCAUCUUGACCAUCAUCGAUUUCAAGGUGAUCUUAUCUAUGAUACAGAUAUUCCAACACGUUUAGAAGUCUUUUUAUUUUCAUCUCGUAUUGGUAAAUUGAUAUUUUUAAUCAUCAUGCCAUUUCUCUACUCAUUCCGGCCAAUGUUUGUCUUUCCGAAAGCAAUACAUGUCUUGGAAAUCGUUAACUUUAUCUUGGCGUUUACGUUCGAUGGAUUGAUGUUUUAUUUUUUUGGUGGAAAAACAUUAACAUAUUUUCUCUUGAGUACAGCACUUGGUCUUUCAUUACAUCCCAUUUCUGGUCAUUUUAUUGCCGAGCAUUACGUUUUCAAAGAAGGCUAUGAAACAUAUUCAUAUUACGGGCCACUCAAUGCGAUCACAUAUAAUGUUGGUUACCAUAAUGAACAUCAUGACUUUCCGUAUAUACCAGGACGAAAUUUGCCAAAAAUACGUAAAAUUGCUCCCGAAUAUUACGACAAUCUUCCAUGUUACACCAGUUGGACUAAGGUGUUAUACGAUUUCGUCAUGAAUGACAAUGUUGGUCCAUGGGCACGUGUUACUCGCCCCACUAAAGUCGGUCGUGUUGAAGUUCCAACUCAACAAGAAUACGAACAACAGAUGAAAACUGUCGUGAAGCAAGCUAGCAAGCGAGGAUAG